AUGCGGCUUCUUUUCUUCUCUGUGAUUGUACUUGUACAGAUCACUGCAAUCGAAAUCAGCGAAGAGUACGAUCGAUGUAAAAAAGAGGGUUUUGGAAAUGAGACUCUCGUUUGUGAUCUUGAUAAUCGAUUAUCCGAACGAACGACGGCUAAACUGAACUUUUUACUCAACGAUCUUCGAGAUAGUGUUCCAUGUAAAUGUGAGACUGGAUGUAAACGAGAGGAUGGUCGGGGAGGAUAUUUCGGUCUGCUCAUGAUAACCGACUCAAAAAUG